GCCCAGGAGCUGGCCAAACAGGCGCAGCAGCGCGCCGACAGGGAGCUGCAGGAGCGGGCCGACGCCGCGGACCGCCUGGGGAUUCAGCACAAAGCAGGAUCGCCGAGGCCACGUCGGACUACGAGUACAAGGUGCGCAACCUGGAGAGCUGGACAAGAUGGCGCUGCAGCAGCGGCUGGACGCGGAGCAGGCGCGUCUGCAGGGCUCGGCGGACGGCGAGAGCAGAGUGCGCGCUCUGGAGCUGGAGAAGACGGCGCUGCAGCAGCGGCUGGACGCGGAGCAGGCGCGGCUGCAGGCCGCCGCCGCUGAGUUGGCGAAGGAGCGCGACGAGCUGCAGCGAUGCGAGGAGGCGUGCCGCGACCUGGAGGCUGUGGCCGCCGCAACCUCCGACGAGAAGUUCUCCCUGCAGGAGGCGCUGGACGAGGCGCGCGAACACUUGGCGCAGGAGAAGCAGAGGGCAGUCGCCCUCGAGAAGGCCUUGGGCGACGCAACGCCUGGUGCAGGACCGAGCGCCCACGACCUGGAGGCCAGGGUGGUGGACAUGCGCUGGUGGCUGCACCCAGGCCUACUUCAGGAAGUCGGCGCAGGGCUGGACGAGCCCUUCCGGUCCGCCAGCAGGCUCGCCGAGCUGCUGCAGCGGGCGGGCAGGUACGGCGAGGCCGAAGCGCUGCUCCUGAGGCUCGUCGCCGCGGGGCAGAGUUCGAAGGAGCCCGAGAGCAUCGCGACUUUGGCCGCCUUGGGCAGGCUGGCGGUGCUCCUGACGCAGGCGGGCCGCCACGCGGAGGCGGAGCCGCUGCACCGCCAGGCCUUGGAGGCGCACGAGCGCACGCUCGGCGCGGAGCACGCGGACACGCUGGGGUGCCUGAGCAACUUGGCGGAGGCGCUGCGCCAGGCGGGGAAGGCCGACGAGGCCGAGCUUCUGCUGCGCCGGGCGCUGGAGGCCAAGGAGCGAAUGCUCGGCGCGGACCACCCGAGGACGCUGGCGUCCGUCAACAACCUCGCCGGCCUCCUGAGGGCGGCGGGCAGGGACGAGGAGGCGGAGCCUCUGUACGCCAGGGCCCUGGCGUCGUUCGAGCAGUCGCUGGGUGCUGACCACUCCGGUGCGCUCGCUUCGGCUGCCAACAUGGCCAACUUGAUGAGCGACGCGGGCCGACACGAGGAGGCGGCCGAGCUCCUGCGGCGCGCCCUCAGCGGCUUCGAGCGCUCGCUGGGGGCCGAACACCCGAGCGCGCUGGCGGCGGCGAGCAGCUUGGGCGUGGUCCUGGAGCACGCGGGCGAGCUCGUGCGAGCCGAGCAGCUGCAGCGGAGGGUCGUCGAGGCGAGGAUGCGCGUGCUCGGUCGGGACCACCUGGACACGGUCCGAUCGGUGACCGACCUGGCCCGGGUGCUGCACAGCAUGGGCAAGCGCGAGCCAGCGUGA